AUGCGCUCCACUCCAGAGUACAGAUCCCCGCACACCUUACAUUUUCCCCCUGUUGCGCACUUCAUUGCACAUUUUUUGCAAAAAAACACAUGUCGGCAGCUGUUGGCGCGGUAUUGGGAUUCAUCGGCGUGGCACAUCAUGCACAACACCACCUCAUCGAUGCCAGAAAGCUCCCCUCCACCAGGCAUUCAGUGCUUCUGUAGCCUUCGCUUAUUCUUUUCUCUUGAGUUUUCAACUUCUGUCUGCGCCACCUUGCACCUAUGCGUGAAGAGGAGGAGGGAUGAAAAGCGCGGUGGGGAGUGA